AUGCAAUUAGCAUUAGCCGCAAAAUAUAUUGGAGCUGGAAUUUCAACAAUUGGAUUAAUUGGAGCAGGUAUUGGUAUUGGUAUCGUAUUCGCUGCAUUAAUUAAUGGAGUUUCAAGAAAUCCAUCAUUAAAAGAUACAUUAUUCUCAUAUUCUAUUUUAGGAAUGGCUUUAUCAGAAGCUACAGGAUUAUUCUGUUUAAUGAUCUCAUUCAUGUUAUUAUUCGCUGUUUAA